GCUAGGGUGAAUAGAAUUCUUCCGGAGGUCUGUUUACCAGAGCAGAAUUCCCUGGAAGCGCGCUCAGCGCUCACGUCACGUGACACGAGGAGUCACGUCUUUAAGAGUGGCUUGUUGUACAGCAGCACUCAGAACACGCCUCGACCAGCUCAGCGAUCACUUCAUAUGGACACACGGGGCCUCAGCAUGUCUCCAAAUGAAGAUCUGGAGUGUGUGGUGUGUUUCCACCACUACUCACGCAGACAACGUGUCCCACGCCUGCUGCACUGCGGCCACACUUUCUGCGCCACUUGCCUGGAGAAACUGGCCAACGUAGACGGCGUGAUCCGGACUAUCUGCUGUCCCCUGUGCCGCUGGAUCACCUGCACUCGGGCCAGCCUGACCCUGCCGGGGGCUUUGUGGGUCAACACCGAGAUCUGGGAUCAAAUGGCAGAGAAAGAGCAGAAGAGGACGAGGGCAAGGGAACAUUCAGUGGAGGAUGUGGACAAGCGGCUCAUCAGGCCAACUUUCUUGGAUUCGAAUCAAAUUGCUCUCAAGUCUACGCUCCAAAAAAUGUUCAACUGUCUCACCGUGCAAGAGCAGCAGUUGCAGGCCUGCUGAUGUUUCCGUUGUCUUCUGGCGUUCAUCUGGACCAAGCCAACGACACUAUGGUUCCUUGUUGUAUAUAUUUAUGGAUAUAUUGAACUUGCAUAUAGUUUUGGAGAAAUUGAGUGGCUGUAAAAAAA